CUUCUACCUGUGUGGGAGAAAGACCAUCCACGCUCCUCAUUCACGUCUGCAUUCGCAAAGAAUGGCUGUAAUUAUUGCACACACUGACGAGGAUCAUCAACGCAUGGAGAAGUAAGAGGCUGUUUGGAGAAGUGCUUUACCCCACACUGAAGAGAGGCUUCUGCGUCUGAGCCGCUCUCUCGUCCUCCACGGCCCGCCGGCGACCCAUGCUAAGAGGCAGACUCCCGGUCACACACAUGUCCUCGGCCAUCGCCCCCGUCAAACCCUCCGGCACCGCCGGCCCCAAAGAGGUGGAGCUGAUCCUGGUGAAGGAGCAGAAUGGGGUGCAGUUCACCUCCUCGGCUCUGGUCAGUCCCAGCGGUCAGACGCACCCCUCCGGAGAGGAGCGCGAGACCUGGGGCAAGAAGAUAGACUUCCUCCUGUCCGUCAUCGGCUUCGCCGUGGACCUCGCCAACGUCUGGAGGUUCCCUUACCUGUGCUACAAAAAUGGUGGAGGUGCGUUCCUGGUGCCGUACCUCUUCUUCAUGGUGAUCGCUGGGAUGCCGCUCUUCUAUAUGGAGCUAGCUCUGGGUCAGUACAACCGUGAAGGAGCAGCAGGAGUCUGGAAGAUCUGCCCCAUCUUUAAAGGCGUGGGCUUCACGGUGAUCCUGAUCUCGCUGUACGUGGGCUUCUACUAUAACGUGAUCAUCGCCUGGGCUCUCUUCUACCUGUUCUCCUGCUUCUCCGGGGAGCUGCCCUGGAUCCACUGCAACAACACCUGGAACAGUCCCAACUGCUCCGACCUCAACUCCACGCUGCUCAACGACACGUACAAGACCACGCCGGCGCUCGAGUACUUCGAGAGGGGCAUGCUGCAUCUUCACGAGAGCUCCGGCAUCGAUGACCUGGGUCUGCCACGCUGGCAGCUCACCUCCUGCCUGGCCGUGGUCAUCGUGGUGCUCUACUUCAGUCUGUGGAAGGGAGUCAAGACCUCAGGGAAGGUGGUGUGGAUCACAGCCACGAUGCCCUAUGUCGUCCUCACCGUCCUGCUGCUGCGCGGAGUCACACUGCCUGGAGCCAUCGAUGGCAUUAAAGCUUACCUUAGCGUGGACUUCCUGCGCCUGUGUGACGCUCAGGUCUGGAUUGAGGCCGCCACGCAGAUCUGCUUUUCUCUGGGAGUGGGGUUUGGUGUGCUAAUCGCCUUCUCCAGCUACAACAAAUUCAGCAACAACUGCUACAGAGACGCCAUCAUCACCAGCUCCAUCAACUCUCUGACCAGCUUCUUCUCUGGCUUCGUCAUCUUCUCCUUCUUGGGUUACAUGUCACACAAACACAACGUGGCUCUAGAUAAAGUCGCCACAGAUGGUCCUGGUCUGGUGUUCAUUAUUUACCCAGAAGCCAUUGCUACACUGCCGGGUUCAUCAGUGUGGGCUGUGAUCUUCUUCAUCAUGCUGCUGACUCUAGGAAUCGACAGCGCUAUGGGAGGGAUGGAGUCUGUGAUCACGGGACUCAUCGACGAAUUCAAGUUCCUGCACAAACAUCGUGAGCUCUUCACGCUCUUCAUCGUGGUCUCCACGUUCCUCAUCUCUCUCAUCUGUGUCACGAACGGGGGCAUCUAUGUGUUCACGCUGUUGGACCACUUCGCCGCCGGGACAUCGAUUCUGUUUGGAGUGCUGAUUGAGGCCGUCGGCAUCGCCUGGUUCUACGGUGUGGAUCGCUUCAGCGAUGAUAUCCAGGAGAUGAUCGGACAGAGACCCGGCCUCUACUGGAGACUGUGCUGGAAGUUUGUCAGUCCGUGUUUCCUCCUGUUCAUGGUUGUUGUGAGUUUCGCGACGUUCAAUCCUCCGAAGUACGGCUCGUAUUAUUUCCCCACGUGGGCGACGAUGCUGGGCUGGUGUUUGUCCAUCUCCUCCAUGAUCAUGGUGCCGCUCUACGCCAUCUACAAGUUCUGCUCUCUGCCCGGAAGCUUCUGUGACAAACUGGCGUACGCCAUCACUCCUGAGACUGAGCAUCACCUGGUGGAGCGUGGAGAGGUGCGACAGUUCACGCUUCAUCACUGGCUGGUGGUUUGAGGUGAUGAUGAUGAAGAUGAUGAUGAUGGCACACGAGGACUGGAGCGCCGACAGAAGCGUAUUACUAGUUGUUUCUUUCUUGCAUAAUCGAACAUGUGGCUGUUUCGUGACUUGGAUCACAGUGUGUCAGUAUCAGUUUUACUCUCAGUAUACGAUGACUGUUAUGAUGGCUGAUGUUGUCCUCACUGACUGUUUGUUUGUUUCUUUAUUAUAUAUCUUCUGUUUGUGGUCAGAGUUCAACGGAGCCUUAUUGAUAAAUGUGGUUGACGUGUCAAAAGACAUCUUUAGCAACACUAAUGUUUAGAGACGUGUAAAUAGUGCUAUUGCAAAAAAUAUAUAAAUCUAUCCUCUCUGUGUUUGAGAAGUGCCAAUGCAUUUAUGACUGAACAAGUUCAAUUGAUCACAACACAACUCUUUCAUUGUCAUGCUUUCAGUAUCGAUCAUAUGAUGCAUAAGAGAUAUCCUCAUCCAAGACUUUAGGUCGGACGAAGGUUAAACCGUUGGUCACUACAUGUUUGCAGAGCUGCAGAAAAUCAAUCUGUAGGAAACAGCAUGCAGUGGUUAUUUUGUUUGCCAACAUCUCCGCAUUUAAUCCAUGCAGCGGUUAACCUUCCAAACCAAUAAAACACAGCAGCAUUUAUAGGAUUUCUGUCGCACUGAAUGUUGUCAUCUACAGCUGUAUUA